AUGGAAGCCGCUCAGAGUUACGUGUCUGCAGCCACACAGCAUGAGAGCUCCUGGCGACCAAGACUCGAGACAGAUUUCGGUUUGCCUGUCUCCCUCCUGCACUGGGUGGGAAUCCUUCUGAUCUCUGACAACUCUGCUGCGCGGUGGAGGCUCGGCACUCAUAUGCUGCGGUCGGCCUCGGAGCUGGGAUAUGACCCUUCGACGCUGACCCUUGUGCGCAUCUUCUCCAGCGUGCCCGCAGCCAUGCAGAAGAAGGCAGCCGCGUCCAAGAUGUUCAUCGACGCGGAUGUUCGCUUCCAAAAACUACUCAAGAGGGGCACAGACCCCGAUGCACUUACCCUACAGGGCAUGAUUCUUGCAAAACAAGGGACUCAGAGCCAUGAUAGGCUGGCUUUGGAUUCAUUUCGCAGAGCAGAGAGGGCCUGGGAGGCGAAGGAUAAGUCCGGCGCACCGUCGAAAGCCAGCGACAGUCGAAGCUUCAGCAUCGAGGAAGGGGCCGACCCAGACUACGUGACCCUCCCUGAGCCGCGAGAACCGAGGUGGGAAUGGGAGGUCACCUGGACGCUGGAGCAGGCCAAGAUCCUGCAGAAGCAGAACCGCACCAAGGAAGCGAGAGACCUGUAUCGUGUGGCGGCACUCGAGCUCGACAACCCGCAGGGCUUCUGGAACCUCUCGUGCCUCAUGGACGGGCCGCGAGACUCGCCCGAAAGGAGGACGUACCUGCUCAAGGCAGCCAUAUCGGGCGUGCAGGAGGCGUGCCGGGAGAUGGGGGUGCUCGAGAAGAUGGCGGCGGAGAGGCAGGGGCUGGCGGACAAGGACAGGGCGGACCGGGAGAUGAUGUGCCAGGAGUGGUUCCGACUUGCUGACGGGGAAGACCUGAAGUCAAUCCAGAACGAGGAUGAAGAAUAG